AGGUCUACAGGAUUUAUACUGGAUGGUUUCCCUCGUACUUCAGAUGAAGCCCAGUAUUUGUCAGAACGAGGACUCUGUCCUGAUGUUGCCGUUUAUAUUCACAUAGAAGAGAGUGACAUUCUUGACCGUCUUUUACCUCCACGUCUAAAAAAAUGGAAAGAAAGACAGCAUAAAAAAGCGGAAAAUAAAAAGAAACUGAAAGACCUGAAAGCAAAAAUAAAGAAUGAGAAGAUUGCUAGAAGAAGGGCAGAACUCCUAGCAGAACAAAAAAAAGGAAGGAAGAGACAUAAAAAUAUUUUACGUUUAUAGGGUUUAGCAGAUGGGGAAAAUUAUGAAACCAGUGAGGAGGAAGAUGAGACUGCAAAUGAAGAUAUUGAAGCUAUACUUGAAGAGGAGUUUUUCGAAGAAGAAGAAGAAGAGCCUGAAGAAGAACAGGAGAUUGAUGCUGUUGAGCGCAUGCAAAAUGAGAUUGUAGAAAGGUUCGAUUCAGAAAGACAAAGCAUAGAAGGUGUACAGGAAGAACUUGAAAAAUUCUUAAUACCACAAAUGGAGAUCAGUGGAAGACGGAAGCUUCGCAUAGUACGCUACCAAAUUUAUUGCAAGCUGAAUUCUUUAGUGGAAAAUCGUGGAAGCAUUUUUGAAAAAUGUUACCCAAUAAGUUUGCCACUUGCACAUAAGAUGCUAGUUUUCUCAUAUAAAUUUCCAAGUUCUUUCGGUCAGUGGGAUCCAAUCACGCUAAAGGAAGGCGAGAUAAUCAAGCCAGCACAAAACUAUGAAAACACACUCUUUCCUGUAAUUCAUCGGCAAUAUGUUUAUUUUUCAAGUAAAAAAAACAGAGAAACAUUUAUGAACAAUCCCAUCAAAUAUAUUUGUCAGCCAAAGCCUAAACCACCUGUGCCAGUUAAGAUUGCAAUCGUGGGACCUCCAAAAUCCGGGAAGACUACAGUUGCCAAGAAAUUUGAAAGUGUGUACGGGCUACGGAGGCUGAGUAUGGGAGAUGCCAUACGGCUCGUGUUAAACAAUCAGCCAGAGAGUGAGUUGGGGCUUCAGUUAAAGUGGCAUCUUCACAGAGGGCUGACCGUACCUGAUGAGCUGGCCAUCCGGGCCCUGGACUUGGCUCUGAUGGAUCGUGUGUGUGCUACCAUUGGAGUUGUUAUUGAUGGAUAUCCUGUAACGAGAAAACAAGUAAACCUCUUGGAAUCAGCUAGAAUAAUUCCUGUGAAAAUCUUUGAGUUAGAAAUGGAUGCAAAGGAGGUAUUCAGAAGAGCUCUGCUGGAUAAAGAAAGCACAAAUAGACCUUCCUACCCUGUACAUGACAGCUCAGAGAUUCUAGCAAUUAAGAAUUCCUACUAUAGGCAACAUAUCGAUGCAAUUAGGACUUAUUAUAAGAAAGAGCAUCAGAACUGGUGUGUGAUUGGUGCAUUUCAGAGCAAGUGGUGGAUAUGGGACAAAGUUCUGCAGGAAGUUCAAGUGAUUGUUAAAGAAAUCCAGAUAUACCUGGAAAGAAUAAGAGAAGGAAAAGCAGCCAGCAUUGCUGAUUUAUGCAUCACCCCUGAAGAGCUGCAUUAUCGGCUGGGAGAGUUCGGACAGUACUGUCCUGUCAGCCUUGCAGACAAGGGUGAACUAGUUGACUGCUCUGUAACAUCAUCACUACAGUUUGCUGCAGAGUUUCGAGCACACUACUACAAAAUGGCUUCAGAGGAAGAACUGAAUAAAUUCUUGAGCAGACCAGAGAUUUAUGUGCCACCACUGGCACCUCACCCUCUUCCAUCUCCAGACAAGUUACCACAAAAACUGACAGCAGCAGAAGUGAAGGCCUUAUUCCCUAAAAGUGCUGAAAUGCAAGGAUACUGUCCAGUCACUUACCUAGAUGGAAAACAGAGGUAUGAAGCUUUGGUGCCUGGCAACACUGAGUAUGCUGCAAAGUACCAGGAUAAGCUGUAUGUUUUUGAAACUGAAGAAAAACUUCUGAAGUUUAUGAGGUUACCAGAGAAGUAUUGGAAUCUGAAGCUGCCACAUAAGCUCCCUCCUGUAAGGGAGCCAAUACUACUCACUGCACUUCCCAUGGCUGGAUACCUUGAGCAGGGAGUAGCAACUUCUCUAAUAAAAGCUCUGAAUGAAGUAGGAUGCUUAAAGCCAAAGUUCCCAUUUCUAAGUGUUAGAAGAACUGCUCUUCUUUUUGUGGCCUGCCAUCUAAAAGCGCACAACGCCCGCAGCCCGGCGCACAGGAGAGAGGAGUACCGCAGGCGGCUGGUGCGGCUCGGCGAGCACUGCGAGCUCAUCCCCUACCUGGGGAGGGCGAUGCCGCGCGAGUACAUGGAGCCCCAGCACCGCCCGCUCGGCUUUGACCUCAAGCUGCAGACCUUCCUGUCCCUGAAAGACGCCAGCCCAAGCUUUGUCUAGUUCGGAGGCGUUGUUGGUUUUUUUUUUUCGGGUAUCGUCUUUAUUAACUCGCGGAGCGGUGCUGUAGGCCGCCGGGACAACUGUUAUGCUUACAGCACCACUAAACUUUAAGCUGAAAAUAAAACGUUUUCCCUCCGAGCGUGCCGCUAUACCUCUCCCCGCGCCGACCCACGCCCGACGGC